CAAGGCGGAACCACUUUUACCGGCGAGUUAAAUUUUUCCGCACAAUGAUUCGUCAACGUUUUCAUUCGCAUUUUUUGUAUAUUUCUGAGACUUUUGUGCGAUUAACAGUAUCACUUGUUGUUUGUUUUAGGCAAUAAGAGAAUAGCUUUUUUCGCAGUUGUAGAAACCUGUGCAUCGGUGCGAAAUUUCUAUAGUUGUUGAAACUAAAAACUCACACUUCGUUUGUACGCCAGUAACCCAUAGUGCUCUUCUGGGUAAUAUCUUAUUAAUUUUCCAAAUGGACUGACGGUACGACGCGCUGAAAGACAAGGAAAGCUACAGUUAAUGGACAUAUUUAUUCCGCACACUUCAAUGAAUGAGAAAUACGUGAAUUCAGAAAGAAACACAAUAUGGAAACUCCGUAUACGUCUGUUGUAGAAACGGUGUAUGACCCAGCUGAAGACUCAUUCCUGUUGAUCGACGCGCUAGAAAAGGAGCUCUCCAGCAUUCAAGCACUAAACCCCGUGAUCUGUCUCGAGGUGGGUUGCGGUUCCGGAGUUGUAAUUUGCGCCCUAGGCAAAUAUCUGCCAAGCUGCGUCCUGCUUGCCACGGACGUGAACCCCAUCGCUGCAAGGAUCGCUCGCAGGACAGCAGACAGGCACUUGAGCGAGUCCAAGGGGAAACACCGUUCCCUUGAAACUGUUGUUGCCGACAUCGAUUCUUGUUUCUUCUACAGACUCUCUGGCCAGCUUGACUUGUUGCUGUGUAAUCCACCGUACGUACCCACAACGGAAGAAGAGGCGCUGCCCGAUGACGCCACCAAGUUAGCGUGGGCUGGCGGUCCGAAGGGCACGAACCUCAUUGAUCGGCUUUUACCAAAGGCCGCACAACUUCUAAGUGACAACGGACGCCUGUAUUUAUUAUUGGUAAAAGAAAACAACCCUGAGCUUGUAUGCACGAGGGCAAACUACCUCGGUUUGGAGGGCCGUAAAGUAAUUGAACGACGCUGUCGAAAUGAGCAUCUUUUUGUCUAUUGUUUUGAGAGAAAACAGGAUUUGUGAUGACGGAAAGACAUUUAGUUGACAGGAACAUUUAGGAAUGAAGUGAAGUUGAAUAAAAUCAACAUAUAGUGUCGUCAAAUUUUUUCAACUUAAUUCAACUUGCUUACCUUCACAAGUAGUCGAACGUUCGGCUCAGGGAAAGUUUAGGUCAUAUUACUGUUGUAGCAUUGGUGUUUGAUGCGGGCGCCAUAGUCAAUGUGUGUGAUAAUUUCAUAUUCGCGAUAUUUUUGUGUCAAAUAAUGACGUUGCGGUUGCUCAGGCAGCUAAUAUUAUACAGUGCCCUGACAAUUAAUAAUCGGCUUGCUACGUACGGUUCUAUAUAAAGCAAAAUAGUUGCAAAAUAAUGAAAAAAAAAAAGAAAAGUUCUCCGUAUUAUCCUUGGACCGCUUGUCCCAGUGGGAAAAAGCUAGAAACCGCAGGUUAAGUUUUCAGGCUGUGACAGAUACGUUCUUUUGUUGUAUGGACUAAAUACAGUUUAUUUAAGUUUACGGUAACUAAGGCGGUCAUGCGUUGCAUUCAAUUUGACAAAAUUGAUAGGAAUUCUAUUUAUGACUUUAGUAUUGCAAAUAGUUCAGGUGUAUCU